ACAAAUCGAUUAGCCCAAGCGUGAGCAAAGAUUAAACAAACAUCCAAACGCUUUCAUAUUUUUCUUAAACCCUUAGGCAUUGGCACUGGGCUUAGACUGUUAAGGGAAGAAAAAUCUGUGUGAGCUAUAAUGUCCGGUAAUCUGAAGCAUCCUCUUGAUUCUUCAGCUUCUCAAGAAUCACUCGAGAGACUUUCAAAGGUUGCGAGAUUCGACGGAUUCAGUGACGAAGAAGAGGGAGAAGAAGCAGAGGAACGACAAGGAUUGGUCGUCUCGGAGCCGGAGCUAUCUAUGAACCCAAGAGUGCAGCGUUACUUGGUAGCUAUUGAGUAUAUCGGAACUCGCUUCUCGGGGUCACAACAGCAAGCUACGGACCGCACGGUCGUCGGCGUAUUGCAGGAGGCUUUUCAUAAGUUUAUUGGCCAGCCAGUUAAGAUCUUCUGCUCAAGUCGAACGGAUGCAGGAGUGCAUGCACUGUCUAAUGUUUGCCAUGUGGAUGUUGAACGCAUCAGUAAAAGAAAGCCCGGUGAAGUGUUACCACCUCAUGAACCUGGUGUGGUCCAGAGAGCUGUGAACCACUUUUUACAGAGAAAUGACGGUGAUGUUAUGGUGAUUGAUGUUCGGUGUGUCCCAAGUAAUUAUCAUGCCAGAUAUAAGGCCCGGGAGCGCACAUACUUCUACCGCUUGCUAUCGGGGUCGGAUCCUUUAUCCAUCCUCGAAAAAGACCGUGCCUGGCAUGUUCCUGAGGAGUUAGAUCUUCGCUCGAUGCAGGAAGCAUGCAGAGUUCUUGUUGGAACUCAUGAUUUUAGCUCCUUCAGGGCAGCUGGUUGCCAGGCAAAGUCACCUAUCAGAUCUUUAGAUGAACUAAACGUCACUGAGGUACCAUCAACUCCAUAUUUUCCAUCUAUCACGGAAAGGACGCCGAGUUACCUAAACAAUGGAGAUCCUCUCGCAUGUUCCAGUCAAGCCAAGACUGAGACUGCUGGUGUUUCUACAGAUGGUGGUGAUACUUUUGGUGUAAGGAGACGACACCGCUGCUAUGUAGUAACAGCUCGUGGCCGCGCUUUUCUUUACCAUCAGGUUCGACUGCUUGUAGCAGCACUUAAAUGUGUAGGCACGGGAGAGUUGACGGUCUCAGACGUUGAACGAAUCCUGAAGGCGAAGACAGUGACUGCAGCCAAACCCAUGGCUCCUGCAUGUGGUCUGUAUCUCGCGCGUGUCAAGUAUGAAUUUCCAUGAGGAGGAUUUAAGUUUCAAUUAAUUUCUGCAACAAUGGGCGAGGAGGAGUCACAGAAUGGGAUUUGUUCAGAAGCUUAGUUGAUGAGAAUUGCCGAGAUCUGAAGUGGAUGCAAGAGAUUCCAACUCCUUGAGUUAUGAAUCUACUGAACUGGAAAUAUUGAUUUAUGGUGGUGACUUUCACUGUAUCUCACAUCAUUAUGAAAGUUUUGAUCUUCUUUUCAUUCAUUCAUUCCGUUUAAGUAGCAAACGAGAUACAAUUUGGGUUCCAA